UGCAUCCUAAUUUCCUUUCGGAACACCAUCUGAAAAAAAAAAUGGAAAACCACACCAAGAUAACUGAGUUCAUUUUGGUUGGGUUCAAAUCUCAUCCAGGAUCACAACUCUUCCUCUCUGUUCUCUUUUCAAUAAUAUAUGCUGUCACUGUUGUAGGAAAUGUCUGCAUGAUACUCAUCAUUAGAAUGAACUCCAAACUGCACACUCCAAUGUACUUUUUCCUAGAGAACUUGUCAACUUUGGACAUCUGCUAUUCCUCUGUCAUCACUCCCAGAGCAACACUGAUAUUCUCACUGGACAGAAGAAACAUUUCCUACAAUGGCUGUGCUUCACAAAUGUUCUUCUUCUCUCUCUUUGGUACAACAGAAGCCUUCUUUCUUGCUGUGAUGGCUUAUGAUCGCUUCACUGCCAUCUGCAAUCCACUGCUGUACCAAGUGAUUAUGAAUAAAAGACUCUGUGUUUUCAUGGUGAUGGCCUCUUAUCUGUCAGGCUGCAUCAAUUGCACCAUCCAGACAAGCUUUACAUUCAGUUUGUCCUUUUGUGGGCCCAAAGAAAUAAACCACUUCUUCUGUGAUGUUGCUGCAGUGAUGCAUGCUUCCUGUUCAGACACACUCGUCAAUGAACUAGUAAUGCUGGCUGUGUGCGGAUCCAUUAUUGUGGGUACCGCCUUGGUGGUUUUUAUCUCCUAUGCUUACAUAAUCAUCACAAUUGUCCAAAUGCCUUCAGCUGAAAGCAGGCGCAAGGCCUUCUCCACCUGCUCUUCUCACAUGAUGACCAUCUGCUUGUUCUUCGGGACAGUUUUCUUCAUGUAUGCUCAGCCUGGGGCCACAUCUUCACCCGACAAAAGUAACACCAUCUCGAUCUUCUAUACUAUCGUUAUUCCCAUGCUAAACCCUUUCAUCUACACCCUUCGAAACAAGGAGGUAAAAGGGUCUCUGAAAAAACAAUUAAAAAGGAAAGGUUUUUUUAAGCACCUUUACUAAGGUUGAGAAUCAUCACAGUGACCAAUUUGGUACAGACAGGUGCUUAGAAUGUAAAAAAAGGGACAUUAGAGGACAUCAGGGCUUGCUUUCAAGAGUUUUUUGUGUUUCUAGAUGGUCAGUGUCAUGGACGAAAGCAGGAGAUAAAAAAAAACCUAAGAGAAUCUAGAUCAGAUGAAGAUGUGGAUUCGUUUAACCAUAUUUAGGCAUUUACAAUCCAUUUGAGCUGUAAUUUAGAGCCCUCUUAUAGCCAUUCAAAAGAUAAAAGCAUUUUAAAGGUAUAAUCAAUCCAAUUGGAUUGGACAAUCUAAAGUGUAUCUAAGUGCAUUGGAUAUCUAAAAUAGGACAUAAAACUCAGACUCUGGCAGUAUCUUAUUCGUGUGCCUCAGAACAGAGGCAGUUCAGGUGGAGGCAUUCUUAUUGCAAACAUCCACAGUCAAAUUAGAUCAAACAAGAGUCAACUGAAAGAUUUAUUUCUCUGUGAAUCCUUGUCUUUUUAAUUAUUUUUUUUCCUUUUUUGCUUUUAAUCACUUCUCU